GAGAGAGAAAGGACAAUGCAGCGCUCUGGAUCUGGUAUCUACGUUUCCACAGCAACGCAUAUUAAAUUACGUGGAGGCUUGCAGGUGGCGGACUUUAAACUGAGGUGGAGCGACGGUGACGUGGUCGACAGAACUGUCUUCUUCCUGGAAAGCAAAGCAACUGCAAACAUGGCUAAAUUCUUCACACCAGUUCAAAUCAACGAGUUCAAGGAGUGCUUUUCCUUGUAUGACAAGAAGCAAAAGGGCAAGAUCGACGCCAAAGACCUGAUCACAGUUAUGCGCUGCCUGGGUACAAGCCCCACGUUCAGUGAAAUCGAAAGACACCUACAAGUUCAUAAGAUAGAAAAAACAGGUGAGCUGGACUUCUCUACGUUUCUGACAAUGAUGCACAGACAGAUGCAGCAGGAAGACCCCAAGACAGAAAUCCUGGAGGCUUUGAGGAUGACAGACAAACAGAAGAAGGGAUACAUCCAGGCCUCUGAGCUCCGGGCCAAGCUCACCAUAUUGGGAGAGAAGCUCACGAACAAAGAAGUGGAUGAGCUGUUCAAGGAGGCAAACAUCAAGUCAAAUGGAAACAUCAACUACGAGCAGUUCACUGAGAUGGUGAUGCUGCCACCUGUCGAUUAUUGAAUUUUCAAACACCAGCCGUGACGGGAGCUGACUUCACAUACACAGGAACAUCGAGCGUUGAGAUGACUGAGCAUUGGAAAGCGUUGCUGUUUUGUAACUAACACUACAGUUUGGCUUGUUAUUCUUUAAUGUGAUCAAAUUAAAUUAUAUUCUGAGUUCA